AUACAAAUUUCUCGGUAAUAUAGCUUUUAUUUUGCAGAGACAUACCGGAAGUGUGUUGUGUCUAUAAUUUAAUUGAAGUUAGCUUGACACUGUCUAACAACAAUGAGGAGUAGCAAUUUAAACCGUGCUAUCACAUUUUUCUAAGCUUCUACAAGGUUGUAACUUGCCCACCGUAACAACUGGAUGCAGAGGCAGCUUAUUUUAUUAGCUCACAAGACUGUCUGUGUAGGCGUACACCCUCUUGGAGCACUUGUCAGGUGUCAGCAACUCUGGAAAGUGUGUAGAGCCUUUUCUGUCUCUUCAUGCUUAAAACAUCUACCUCCAACUGUUCGUGCAUUAAAUUUCCCCCCGCAAAUCCAUAAUUUCUCCUUGGUAUCCCAUAAACACAGACUCCUCCAAAACGGUCGUCCGCUGCUUUCCCUACAUCAGUGUUUCUCCAACCAGCCAGAUAUGGCAGAUCAGAGGUUCAUCGUGGAAUACGCCAAACGCGGUACUGCAGGAUGUAAGAAAUGCAAGGACAAAAUCCAAAAGGGCAUAGUGCGCAUAGGGAAGAUUGUGCCAAACCCUUUCAGCGAGUCUGCAGGGGAGAUGAAAGAGUGGUAUCAUGUGAAGUGUAUAUUUGAGAAGCUGGAAAGGGCGAGAGCCACCACGAAGAAGAUUGAGGACAUCACAGAUCUGGAGGGCUGGGAGGAGCUGCAGGACGAAGACAAAGGGCUCAUUGAUAAACACGUUUCAGAACUGAUGGCCAAAGUCAAUGCAAGUCCAAAGAAGAAGGUGCAGGCCAAGUUGAACACCACCAGCCAACUAAUGGCUCCUCCUGCUGACCCAUCUGUCAACGCUCCACGCAAGUUCUCAGGCUUCACUGCUGCGAAGGCUGGUAUCUCCAGCAGCCCGGGACCAUCUUCUUCCCCUGCCAAAGCCAGCCACGGCAGCCCCCUGUCCGCCCAGCUUUGUGACCCCCAGCACAAGGACUGCCUCUUCAGAGAGUUUCGCAAGCUCUGUGCCAUGGUGGCAGAACACAACAGCUACAAUGUCAAGACACAGAUUAUUGAAAAGUUCCUCAAGAAGGGCUCAGGUGGAGAUAAGUUCCAUGGAGAUCUUUACCUGACAGUGAAGCUACUCCUGCCAGGCGUUGUAAAAAGUGUCUACAACCUCAAUGACAAGCAGAUCGUAAAACUCUUCAGCCGCAUAUUCAGAUGUGACCAGGAUGCCAUGGUGCGCGAUCUGGAACAGGGCGAUGUGUCUGAGACAGUGAGGAUGUUCUUCGAGGAGAGUAAAUCAUUUCCUGCGGCUACCAAGAGCCUCCUGACCAUCCAGGAAGUGGAUGCCUCCCUGAUCCGCCUCGCCCAGCUGACCAAGGAGGAUGAGCAGCAGACCGAGCUAGAGGAUAUUGCCAAAAAAUGCACCGGUAAUGACCUGAAAUGCAUCAUUCGACUUAUUAAACACGACUUGAAGAUGAACUCUGGAGCAAAACAUGUCUUGGAUGCUGUGGAUCCAAAUGCUUAUGAUGCCUUCAAGGCCUCGCGUAAUCUGGGUGACGUGAUUGAACGGGUAUUGAGGAAUCAGCAGGAGGCGUCUAAUGGUUCAGGACCCAGGAAACUCCUCAGUGUGGAGGCCUCACUCAUGACCCCUGUUCAGCCCAUGUUGGCAGAGGCAUGUAAAUCCAUCGAGUACGCCAUGAAGAAAUGCCCCAACGGGAUGUACUCUGAGAUCAAGUAUGAUGGAGAACGUGUGCAGGUCCACAAGAAUGGAGACAACUUCAGCUACUUCAGCCGCAGCCUCAAACCAGUGUUGCCACACAAAGUGGCCCAUUUCAAGGACUACAUCCCUCAGGCUUUUCCCGGAGGCCACAGUAUGAUAUUGGAUGCUGAAGUCCUCCUAAUUGACACAAAGACCAGUAAACCCCUGCCCUUUGGGACCUUGGGUGUACACAAGAAAGCAGCCUUUCAAGAUGCCAAUGUGUGCCUUUUUGUUUUCGACUGUAUCUACUUCAAUGGCGUGAGUCUCAUGGAGAGGCCUCUGAGUGAACGCAGGAAGUUCCUGCAUGACAACAUGGUUGAAGUUCGCAACAGGAUCCUGUUCUCAGAGAUGAAGCACGUCACUAGGGCAGGAGAUCUGGCUGAUAUGAUAACUCGUGUCAUCAGAGAGGGACUAGAAGGCCUGGUGCUGAAAGACAUAAAGGGCAGCUAUGAACCAGGGAAGCGCCACUGGCUGAAAGUGAAGAAGGACUAUUUGAACGAAGGGGCGAUGGCAGACACAGCUGACCUGGUGGUGCUGGGGGCCUUCUAUGGAAAAGGCUCGAAUGGGGGCAUCAUGUCCAGUUUUCUAAUGGGCUGUUAUGACCCAGACUCCAAGAAAUGGUGCACAGUCACCAAGUGCUCCGGAGGCUAUGAUGACGCCACCUUGGCCAGGCUCCAGAAAGAGCUGGAUGUGAUCAAAAUCAGCAAGGACCCAAGCAAAAUCCCAGGCUGGUUGAAAAUCAUCAAGAACUAUUAUCCAGAUUUCAUUAUUCGCAACCCUGAGCAAGCACCUGUCUGGGAGAUCACAGGCGCAGAGUUUUCCAAAUCUGAAAUGCACACCGCUGAUGGCAUCUCUAUCCGCUUUCCCCGCAUGACGCGCAUCCGUGAUGACAAGGACUGGAAGAGCGCCACCAACUUGCACCAGCUUAAAGAGCUCUUCCGCAUAUCAAAGGAGAACUGUGACUUUAAAGUGACAGCUGGACCGUCUACAUACGGCGAUGACAAGGGCUCAUCAGGAGGGGACAGCGGAGGAAACUCCCCGUCGUCCUCGUCCCAUGGAAGUGCUCCACCCAAGAAAACCAACAGCAGCAACCCACCCAAACCAAAGGCGGUAAAAUCCCAGCCUCGCACUCCUGGCUCAGAAACACCCAGUGCCAAGAAGGUGAAGAAAAGUGAAAGUGUUCACAGCAAUGGACAGACCAAAGCAAAGGCAACGUCUCAACUGCUGGAACCAAGGAAUGACAAGACACUACUGGACAUCUUCAGUGGGGUGAAGCUUUUCCUACCCGUCUCAGUGCAGGACUUUGACAAACUGAGGCGGUACUUUGUGGCGUAUGACGGAGACCUCGUACUGGACUAUGAUGCCGCCUCAGCCACACAUACGCUGGCUGAACCUGAAGAGGACAGCCAGGCCCAGAGAGUGUCACCCAGCUGGAUCUGGGAAUGUAUCCGCAAGAGGCGUGUCGUCCCUCCCUGUUAACAAUUUUUAAAAAAACAACACAUUUUAUACAUUGCGUUAACCUUUCCAUAAACUACUGCACAUCAGUGUAACGUCACUUUUGUUCCAUGUAAAACCAUAUGAACAUGGUUGAUCUUUAGGGUUUGGGCACAAAGGCCAGAUCACACACACACUGUUUUGGGGAGAUUGCUGUGACACCAGACGUGAUUUUUAUUUAUUCAAUUCAAACCCCUUUUGUUGUGUACACUUGCAAACCAGCAGAGGACACAUACAAUAUACAUUUAGUUUAUGCCAAUUUUGUGUAAUUGGUAGAUUGUGAAGACUGGGGAUGAAUGUAGCCAAUUUACUGAUGACAUUUUUGAUAAAAUGAGGUCUGUGAGCAAAUGGAAAGUGUACUGUAGAUGAGUUCUUGUAAGAAAACGUCAAUAAGAAAUGUAGUUAAAGUGAAAUGCAUUUUACAAAGAGAUCAUGUGACAUAAAUUACAGUACAGACUUGAAAAUGAAUAUGCAGCAGAAUUAAGAUGAGUUUGAUCAGCAUCAUGCAUUAUUUUUACUGCCUGAGUGAAAUAUUUUGCGAGGUAUUAAACCCCAGCUCAUGAACUGAGAACAACCAAAUUUGUCUGCCAUUAGGAAUAAACAAAAUGCUGAUAAGGAUAAUAAAAAUGUUUCAGUAACA